AUGGGUUCCAAGACAAUUGUUCUACUUGGCCUUCUGGCUAUGGUUCUGAUUGCAUCAGAAGUUUCAGCUCGGGAACUGUCUCAGACUUCCGGUGAUAAGGAGUCUGAGAAGACAAAUGGAGUUGUUGAUGCCAAGUAUCAACGAGGCGGAUAUGGAGGAUACCCUGGUGGAGGUUACCCCGGUGGUGGUUAUGGAGGAAACGGAGGUGGAUAUGGUGGAGGUCAUAAUGGCGGAGGCGGAGGUGGCCACUGCCACUAUGGCUGCUGUGGCCGGAGCCAUUACCGAGGUGGUUGCAGGUGCUGUACAUAUGCUGGUGAGGCAGUGGAUGCAGAACUUGAAGCCAAACCUCACAACUAA